GGAGUCGCCAACAACAAUGUAGAAGGAUACUCUGCUGUACCUGGACAACCUGGGCAGGCACCACUGAAGUAUGCAGCGUACAAGCCGAAACGACAUUCACGAACGAGUUCCGUGGGGAAUUCUUCGACGGGGAAUAAUACAGGGAAUAAUACAGGGAAUACCAAUCCCAGACCCAGCAGCAGUUACAGUUCCGGUACGAUACCAAAUUGGACAACGUCGAUGUCUAUCGGGUCUAUACCCACUAGUACUUGGUCGAGUGGGAUGAACGGGAUAAUGAAUGUCAAUGGGACGAAUGGAAUGUAUAGUUUGACUGCAGAGCAGCCUCCCAACUCGAAUAACUCGAAUAUAGUCGUGAAGGUCGAGACUGUAGAGGAAUCGUUCACUGAUACUAUGCCUCCGCGUACACAUACGACACCGACUAUGGACGAAUUGGAAUCCAAAAAGGACGGAGCGUCGAUAACUACUUUGUCACCGGAACAACCAGUGGCCGUGGUGUCAGCCUCGUCACCAGGAUUACCAAAUUCCCCUCCAAGAUCUUCACCAAGCUCACUUCCGUCGUCCUCCUCAUUACCGACACCGUCGUCGUCACUAUCCAUGCCUACAUCAACGCCAAUGCCAGCAUUCCCACCCUCAUCUUCAUCAUCCUCGUACGCAUCAGCGUCGACUCCAACGUCACCAGCUCGAGCACCGCCGACUCUUACACAUACAUCUACAUUCAGAAGAGUCCGUCCUUCUCAUACAUCCAGUCCUCUCGCACGUCCUAAUUCGGUAAUACUUCCAACUCAAUCUCAGUUAGGUCGUACGACUAGCAGUCCCCUUGCUCGCCCCACGUCUAUGUUUAUACCAAACGCAACAGAUGCUACUUCUGCCCCAUCGGUUCCGACGUCGCCUACAACAUCACAUAGUAAUCCGAUAUCUCCUGCGCCCAGCUCAAUCCUGAGCUCCCCACCGCUUAAUUCAUCCGUUUCUGGUGCUGUAUCUCCCUCACGGACUCUGACUCCACCUCCUCCUGCUCCAACGGUCAUAGUCACCUCACCUUCCCAGGAAUCUCGGAUUACAUCUAUAACUUCACCUACACCUAUAUCCACAUCUCCUUCUCCUCUUCCUCCUACAUCCAAAUCUCCAUCCAAAUCUCCAUCCAAGGCGCCGUACAGACCAGGCUUCCAACCUACCGGUCUUACACGUUUCCGCACCGAUGAGUUCCUUAUUGCUCGUAAGCUCGCGAGGGACGGUCCAGGCGGCCCGGGUGAAGGAAUUGGUACAAACGAAAAAAGGGUAGAGAGGACGAAAUUAGAAAGGAGACUCGAGAAAAUUAUCGCGUUGCAUUUUCCAGAGAUGACGGCGGUAGAUAAUGGGAAAGUGAGAGUAAAGAAGGAGGAGAAGGGGAAUAGGGGAGGACAAGAGAAGGAGAGGGAAAAAGACUCAAAAGACUUCAAUUCGUUAUCAGGAAAUAGAAUGCCAGCCAGACCAGUGAGGCCUAGCCUACUAGGAAACUCUAACCCCUCCUCCACUGAUUCAAGGAGACGAACCUCGUCGUUCUUCGAGAAUUUCGAUAUUCGAGAUAUUCGGAGGAUGAGUGGUUCAUUCAUUGGUGGUAUUGGUGGGAGCGAGGUUGAAACUACACGAUCGUCUGAACAACGAAUCACUCCCUGGCAGCCCGACUCCGCCGUAUCCCGUUGUCCCCACUGCGAUACCUCUUUCCAUCCGCUCUCGAAUCGGAAACAUCAUUGUAGGCUUUGCGGGAGGGUAGUCUGUGCGUUGGGUGUUACUUCGGGGAAGAGAGUCGAGCCCUGUUCAAUCCUCUUCGUCGUCGACCCCAAAACACGACAGAUAGAACAAGUCGAGGAAGGUGUGGAUUAUGGCGUCCGGAAACGAAAACCUAGUGUGGAUAUACGUUCAACUAGCUCGAAGGAUGGUGGUAAACCUGGACUAGUCGAAGCAGGACUAACCAAACAUUCAGAGGAAGAACAAUCAGAAGAAGAGAAAUUCCUCAAAGGCGUCCGAAUAUGUCGAGGAUGUAAACCCGUGUUGCUUAGGGAGCAGUAUCUUCGGGAACGCAAUAUCACUAUGGGAGGAGUAACGGGAGAGUUCUUGAAGUUGUACGAAGCAUUUUUGGGGUUGGAGAAGGAGAUUGAGGAUAGUUUACCGGCAUUUGAGGAGUUGUUGGUUGGGUUGAAGAUGAGCAGCGGAAAUAACAACGGAUCCGAUCCACCUCAUGCGCUGACAGCACAAACAGCGACAGCAGCGGCUGAACGUAAACGCCUCUUACAGGUCUUUGCGAGGUAUGAUGCGUUGGCGAAGCGGAUACGGAAUUUACCGUGUGGGAUUCAAGGGAAGGGAAGCAAGGGGAGUCAGAGUGACAAAGGAAUUAAGGCUAAGGGAACGAAAGGAGAAUAUAAUAUUAACACAAGUCAAGAACGCGUACAAGCUGCUAUCGCCCUACGUGCUGCGAGGUUCUUGGAAGCCAGGAUGGUCGGGUUAGGUGCAGUCCCCUCUUCUGUCUCUGCGGCGCAGGGGAAAAGAGAAAAGUCAAAUUCGAAGGAUUCGAAUAUGGGUACCUCUCCUUCAAUUGGAAUCCAUCCCUCUUCCUCGUCUGCCAUCAUCUCCUCCUCUUCCUUCUCCCCCUCCUCAUCUGCCUCUCAGAACCUAGACGCAACCCUCCAAAAGACUCUCCAACCCCUCUUAGAACAAGAAUCAUUGCUAGAGUCAUACAUUGCCGAAGCCACGAAGGCAAGAAAGUUCGAGGAUGCAAAAUUUUUGAGGGGGAACUUGAGGGAGAUUAGGGGGGAGAUCGGUAGGGUUGUUGGGGAUGUGUAGGGUGUUAGUUACGUCCUUAAUCCAGAUUGAUAUAUGCCCUAUCGACCAAUACUAUCCAAGCAAUUUUUAUGAUGCAUAAGAUGACUCAACCAUAGGUUCUCGCCAGCCCUUUCCUUUUGCUGGUACCUUCAUACAAAAACACAAGUUUGACGAUGAAUUUAGCAUCGGAGUUA